ACGCCGACGCUUACGACUUUGUUAUUGCUUAUUAGACACAGAGAGGGAGAGGCCGAAAGAGGUGAUUCAAUGGCGUCGAGAGUUACACUGAAGGCGAAAGGCAAAACAACCAAGGGCUCAAAACCAUCGGAGGAGCGAUCAGCAGAGAAGUGCAUAAAGGAGUGGAGCACAUGGGUCGCGAAGAAAGCCAAGGUCAUCACCCACUACGGUUUCAUCCCACUGGUGAUCAUCAUCGGCAUGAACUCCGAGCCAAAACCCUCGCUUUCUCAACUCUUCAGCCCCGUCUGAUCUGAUUAACAGCACACCCAGAUCGCUAAAAUGACCUUUGAGUCAAAUUCCUAUGAUGGGUCGGUGACUAUUUGUCGAAUUCUCACAGAAUCUGAGUUAGGGUUUUGUUUUUCUAUAAUGGGUCUGUGACUGUUAUGCGCUAUAUAGGUCGUUUUUUUUUUUUUUUUUUUUUUUGUUGCUUGAAUAUUAAAUUGAUGCUAUGAAUUAGUUCUUGUCAUA